AUGACGAUACGAAAUAAUCUUAUUAUAAAAUCAGAGACUAGUUUUCGGGAUACAACGCACCACUUGAAAUACACAUGUGGUCAUGCGCGCGCUAUCUACUGGAGCACCUACGGGCCGGAGUUCUGUACGGACCAUGGCUUAGGUUUUAAUCGUUGGCCGAGAGCAGUGAGAACUGCCCUGAAACACGGCUUGUACUUUUCCAACUGGGCAACGGAGCACUUUGUUGAUUCAGAUCCCGUGUUCGUCACGACCUCCCGCGGUGCGCGAAUGGUCUCCAUAUCCGGGUCCAACUUCUACCGGCACUGCACGACCGGGUACAAGACCCGGUGGUUCUGCGCCACGCACCAGAGGUUCGGCUGCAAGGCGGUGCUCUUCACGGUCGAAGACAACAUCGUGACAUGCAGGAACAACCAUAACCACCCACCGCCGAAGCACGGCCCUGAUGGGGCAAUGCUA